CUCACGCCACGCCCAAGUCACCAGCUCUUGGGGUGGUGUUCACGGGUCUUUUGGAUGCCAUGUAGGCGUUCCACGCGUGAGUUUCUAUCCACUCCGGAUAGCCUUAGAUAAAACUAUAAAAGUAGUGCUUGAAGGUCAUAUUUCGGACCCAAAAAAAACAUAGUUUUUAUAUAUUUUUAUUUCCAAAACAAGACAAUGAGUAAAAGGUUUCACCUUUCAAUAAAGAAAACCAAUUUGAAAUAAAGUCAAACUUCGUCAAAAAAGAAAAGUAAAUCUUGAAUUCUAAAGAAAUCUGCAAAAUCUUGAAACACAUUCUUUUCUUUUCCCUCCCCUGUACCUGAAACUUCAAAUCUAACCUACCAUCCACCAUCAUUCCUCCAUCUCAAAUCCUCUGUAACACAAUCGGAACCCAAAUCACUGUAUAAUCAAUUUCAUGAAAGAUCCAAAAACCCUAACCCUAGAUCCACCACCACCACAACCACCGCCGGCCUUUUCCCUUUUUCCUACCCUCAACCCACCACUAAAGACCCUAACUUUCCACAAAAUCUCCACCCUUCUCAUUACAUUCGUUGCCUACGCCGCCUUCCACGCCUCCCGGAAACCCCCCAGCAUCGUCAAAUCCGUCCUGGGUCCUGACCCCAAUUCACCACAAACCGGAUGGCCGCCGUUCAACUCCGCCCGCGGCCCCCACCGUCUCGGCGAGCUCGAUCUAGCAUUCCUAUCGGCCUACGCCAUUGGUAUGUACUUCUCCGGUCACGUAGGCGAUCGGAUUGACCUUAGGGUUUUUUUAACAAUUGGGAUGAUCGGUAGCGGCGUUUUCACUGUACUUUUUGGAUUAGGGUUUUGGCUUGAUGUUCAUUCGUUAAGCUAUUUCAUCAUGAUUCAAAUUUGUUGUGGAGGUUUUCAGUCGAUCGGGUGGCCGUGUGUGGUCGCCGUGAUGGGGAAUUGGUUUGGUAAAUCCAAAAGAGGAUUGAUCAUGGGUGUCUGGAAUUCACAUACAUCCGUUGGUAAUAUCAUCGGAUCCAUCAUCGCAUCAUCCGUUCUAGGGUUCGGUUGGGGUUGGGCAUUUCUGUUGCCCGGAAUUCUCAUCGUCAUCAUCUCCAUUAUCGUCUUCUUGUUUCUUGUCGUAAAUCCCGAAACCAUUGGUCUCAAAUUACCCAGCGAAGAAGAAGAAGCAGAAACAGAAAUCAGCACCGAAGGAAUGGCAUUGGUAAACCUCCAAAAAGUAGACUCAGAAGAAGACGAUGAUGAUGACGAUGAAUCUACUUCAAAUAGCGUUGUUUCUUCUUCACCUGCAAUUGGUUUUUUAGAGGCAUGGAAGCUCCCCGGAGUAGCACCAUUUGCAUUUUGCCUCUUCUUUUCAAAGCUCGUUGCUUACACCUUCUUAUAUUGGUUACCCUUUUACAUUCGUAACACAGCUGUUGCUGGUGAACAAUUAUCUCAUAAAACAGCUGGAAUCCUCUCAACAAUAUUCGAUAUGGGAGGAGUAAUCGGCGGGAUUUUGGCUGGAUUUAUUUCCGAUCAAAUCGAAGCUCGUGCAGUUACAUCAAUCAUGUUCUUGACACUAUCAAUUCCAACCCUAAUUUUCUAUCGAUUAUAUGGAAGUAUUUCAAUGUUCAACAACAUUUCAUUGAUGUUUUUAUCUGGGUUACUUGUAAACGGGCCAUAUGCCCUUAUUACAACAGCAGUUGCAGCCGAUCUUGGGACACAAACAUCGAUUAACGGGAAUUCCCGAGCCUUAGCCACCGUGAGUGCGAUAAUUGAUGGGACUGGUUCGAUUGGUGCAGCCCUUGGUCCACUUUUGGCUGGAAGUGAGAUUAAAGGAAAAGUGAAUGAAGGGAAAUGGCUUUGGUUUAGUGCGAUUGCAUGUUGA